AUGUGCGAACGUAGAAUAUACGGAAGAGAGAAAGUAACUAUAUUAAAGCAGUUUCACGAUUCUAAACUAGGAGGUCAUUUAGGUGUUAAUAAAACUAUUAAACGCAUACAGAAGCAAUUUAGAUGGAAAGGUAUGAAAGAUGAUGUUAAAAAGUACGUAAAAAAUUGUACAUCGUGUCAAGUAAAUACAAUUUCAAAUCGGCAUGUAAAGCAACCAAUGGCUAUUACAUCAACAAGUUCAAAACCAUUUGAAAAAAUAUUUUUAGAUAUUGUAGGUCCAUUACCAACGACCUUGUCUAGUAAUAAUUAUAUUUUAACAAUGCAAGAUGACUUAUCUAAAUACACGCUAGGAGUACCAAUACCUAAUCAUCAGGCAAACACGGUCGCGGAAGCUUUUGUUCUACAUUUCGUGUGUGUACAUGGAAUACCGGGAACGAUAUUGACAGAUCAGGGAACGGAUUUCCUUAGCAAAACAUUUACGGAAGUUUGCAAAUUGUUAAAAAUAAAUAAAGUUAAUACUAGUCCUUUUAGACCACAGACAAAUGGAGGUCUCGAAAGAUCACAUAGAACUUUGGCCGAGUACUUAAGACAUUAUGUGGAUAAGAAUUUAAAUAAUUGGAAUCAUUUGUUACCAUAUGCAUUUUUUGUAUAUAAUUCAACGAGUAUGCAAGUGUCGCAUAAAUUAGCGAGAGAGAAGUUAAUAGAACACAAAGUAAAAAGUAAGGACCGAUAUGACAAAAAUGAGAAUCCUGUAAAUAUACACGUGAAAGAUUUAGUACUUUUAAAAGAUAACGCACAUAAAAACAAACUUAAUUCACUAUGGUUAGGACCAUAUGAAGUAAUUGAAGUAAUAGGAGAUGAAAAUAUAGAAUAUAAUACAAAGUAUGACUUAUUAGGGUUGAAAAUGAAAAAUAUAACAAAUAUAUGCACUGACAAACGUCAUAUAGAUUUGUGUGGGAAAUAUCAAAUAGAAAUAACUGAUUUAUAUGAUGAAAUAACUAAUCAAAAAGAACGAUUGUAUAUGUCGUUAGGAGGUAGUGUUAAUCAAACCGAUGUAUAUCAAGAAAAUAAACGAAACAAAAGGGGAUUAAUAAACAUUGUUGGUAACGCAAUGUAUACAUUAUUUGGUGUAUGUGAUGAUAAAUGUGCAAAGAAAACUAGAGAAGCAAUCAAACAAACAGAGGAAACAGGAGCUAAUAUUUUACAUAUAGUGAAAUCGCAAACAACGGUAGUAAAAACAGCAGUUAAAAAGAUUGCUAGUUCACUAAAUCAAACAGAGGCACUAUAUAAAGAAAUAUCAACUAAAGAACAAAAAUUACAUGAGAGAAUGAUGCAAUUACAGAAUAUAACUGAUGACGUAUUAGAUUUACUAUUGGCUGACGAAGUCCAUAAUCUAUACACUAUAAUAACUAAUCAGUAUGCGUAUGAAACCUCAACGUUGGAACAGAUAAUAACAGCUGUAAGAGAGGGGUUAAUACAUCCAAGUCUUAUGACACCACAAGAACUUGCAUCAACAUUGAAAACAGCAGAACGAACAAUUAAAAAACAAUAUGCUAUACCUAUGGGAACAAAAGCGUCAGAAUUAAAUCUGCACAGUGUGUCAAAAUCACUUGAUGAGAUUCAGCAAAUGAUAGACGAAGAAGUUAUUAGAGAACAAAGUCAAAAACACCAGUUCAUACAUUCAAAUCUUUUAUACGUUAGCAAUCGCCAAGUAAUUGAUAUACCAAGAAGAUUGGCUAACUAUAGAUCACAAAUACGAAAUGUAAGAAGGGGAAAUUUUGCUUCAGAAAUAUAUGAUGAAGUACCAUUUAGCGCACCACCAUCACCACGUUAA